AUGCCAAAUUCCACAGAUAGACCCCGCAAACGGGUGCGCCAUGAUGAUAUCGAAGAUGUCGAGUUGAUCUCAGCUGCCGAAGGAUUCUUCGAGGCUUUGUCGGAGGCUGGUGUCACUUAUUGCUUUGUCAAUUUAGGAAGUGACCAUCCUGCUAUGCUCGAGGCCAUGAUCAAAGCAAAGCAGAAAAAAGUUGCCAAAUUCCCCAACAUCAUUACUUGCCCUUCGGAACUAGUGGCAUUGUCCGCAGCCCUUGGGUUUGCACAAGUUACCGGCAAACCACAAUGCGUUGUCGUGCACGUAGAUUGCGGCACAUUGGCCCUCGGACAGUCCAUUCACAAUGCCUCCGUGGGAAGAGUGCCAGUGUUGUGUUUUGCAGGCCUGAGCCCAUUCACUCAGAGAGGAGAGCUUCUAGGUUCACGAACGGAAUUCAUUCACUGGCUGCAAGACGUGCCGGAUCAAGCCUCUAUUCUUCGUCAAUAUUGCCGAUACUCUGGUGAGAUCAAGAGUGGUCGGAAUAUUAAAGAAAUGGUGAACAGAGCUUUGCAGAUUUCUUUGUCAGAUCCAAAAGGUCCGACUUAUCUCAUGGCCGCAAGGGAGGUUCUCGAAGAGAAAGUGGACAAAAAGUUCCUGGAAGAAGAGAACCUCAAUCCGAUUGCCCCGAGUGCUUUGCCAGAGUCAGAUGUCCAGCUGAUUGCAAAUGCACUUAUAAAUGCUGAUCGACCUCUUGUGAUAACAAGCUAUCUCGGUCGCAACCCUCGCACUCCACCACUGCUAGAGAGUCUCUGCGACAAACUACCCUUUGGUGUUGUCGAGAUGGUAGGAUCUGAUGUAUGCAUCCGGAGUAACCACCCAGCCUACUUGGGCGUCACGGUCACAACACACCCAGCAGUUCUUGAAGCUGAUGUUAUUCUCAUUUUGGAUUGUGAUGUCCCUUGGAUCCCAACUGCAGGAAAGCCUCGAAAGGGCACAAAGGUAUUCCACCUCGAUGUGGAUCCACUCAAGCAACAAAUGCCUCUGUUUUCUAUAAACGCGGUUCGUAGGCUCAAAGUGAGCUGCGAGAUUGCACUCCGUCAGUUGAAUUCAUACGUGGAUGCGCAGACCCUUGGUAGCCCUCGCUAUAUUGAAGCAUUUGAAACACGUGAAAAAAACUAUAACGAAUGGCGUCUUGCUCUUUGCAAUUUGGAAAAGCCUUUGGACAAUGGAAUUGUUACAGUUCCACGCCUCGCUUGGACGCUAAGACAGCAACUCCCCGAAGACACCGUUUACGUUCUUGAGGCAGUAACAAAUGCGGGAGCGAUUAUCCACCACCUUAAUCUGGUGAAGCCAGGAAGUCUAGUCGGUAGUGGAGCUGGUGGUCUCGGUUGGGGUGGUGGUGCCGCCCUUGGCGUGAAACUAGCCAAACCGGAGUCUUUCAUCUGUGCAAUUGUUGGAGAUGGGACGUAUCUGUUCUCGCAGAUGGAGAGUGUUUAUUGGAUAGCACGACGCUAUGAUAUCCCAUUCCUACUCAUCGUGCUCAACAACGGCGGAUGGAAUGCACCCAAAGUUUCCGCUCUCCUUGUUCAUGAGGAUGGCCUAUCCUCGAAAUCCAACAGAAGAGAUCUCAAUCUAUCAUUUGAGCCCUCGCCCGAUUACCCGGGAAUUGCUGCUGCGGCUGGAGGUGCCUGGGGGGCUACAGUCAAAGCACUGGACGAAUUGGGUCCAGCUAUACGAGAGGCCAAGGAUGUUGUAGUGGGUGGGAGAUGUGCAGUGGUUGAGGUUGCAGUUCCGUCGAUGUGGAAGGAAACCUAG